AGUCCUCUGCUAGUUAAACGCCUACGCACCGAGUCAUUUUAUUUCACAUGCCGGCCACAAUGGCGGGAAGAAUCUUGGCCGUGUGAUCAUCCUCGUCGUAUCUAUUCUUCUCCAAACGCCUCUUCUCAUCCUCUUCUUCCAUAGCCAAAGCACCUUCAUUUUAUGGCUUCGUUCGAUCAAUCGGAUCCACGAGCUUGUUCUAUCACUCCGUCCGGUUCGCCGCUCCAGCGGCAAUUCGGUUUAACCAGAUACGAUGCAUAGUGAAUUUCAGCAAACGGCCUCCCUUGGAUUUCCCUCUGCCAUUUCCAUUUCCAGGCUUGGAUCACGAGCACUGGCUCACUGUCAUGUACACGCCCGGUGGCAAAGACGCCAAUUAGCAGCAGAUGAUCGAUUGUUACAUCCAAACACUUGCUAAGGUUCUGGGAAGCGAAGAGGAAGCAAAAAAGAAGAUUUACAAAGUAUCUUGUGAGGAGUAUUUUGGGUUUGGAUGCGAGAUUGAUGAAGAGACAUCGAAAAAGCUUGAAGGUCUGCCCGGUGUUCUGUUUGUCAUACCUGAUUCUUAUGUUGAUGUAGAGUAUAAGGAUUAUGGUGGGGAGCUGUGUGUGGACGGAGAGAUAGUUAAAAGGUCUCCCGAGAGGCAAGAGAGAAUGGACGCAGACCAUAAAUAUACCGAAUGGUGCCAGAGGAGGAACUUGGAGACAGACGAAGACGAAGACCCCGAACCCAGUAUGCUAUUCACAGGAAUGAGUUAUUACCGAACCCGUUAUAAUGAGUUGCGAGAGUUGCGCCGUAAAAGUGAAAAUGGGCAGUAACUGGAUGUCAUGUUGGUGUCGUUUGUUUGCUUGAUUGGAAUUAUGGUCUAUAGUCGAGUAUAAAAAAAUAGGAGGACAUCAUAUCUUAGCUGCUGGGACUAAAGCUCUUACAUCAUGCAUGAAAUGAAUUUUCGAGAGAAAAAUAAUACAAGCUCUAUGAUAUGAGGGCGUCAUUGACUGUAAAUAUUUACAAGCUGUCUAUUAAUAUUCUGGAAUCUUUCACCUCCUCUCAUAUUGCUUUUGUUAUUCUCCAAUAGACCUCACAAAUAUUUACAAAUUUUUUAACGGGAAUUUCUUGUGUUUCUUUAAUCUAAAUUCAAUUACAUGUUGCUUCGAUCGGAUAAAA